UGGAUAUAUACAGUUAUACUAUAUUCCACGUGGCGGCUGACGUCAUGGUUUUAUUAACAAGCUUAUAAAAGCGAAGCGCUCGACAACCAUUUGCAACACACAGAAAAGAAGUUGGAGACACAAGACUGUACAGUGACAGACAUUAUGUCUCUCUCCGAUUCUCGAGCGCUCGUGGUAUGUUACCUGCUCCUUAUAAUCUCCGCGGGUGUCGGUGCCAGAGACAUUAUGUCUCUCUCCGAUUCUCGAGCGCUCGUGGUAUGUAACCUGCUCCUUAUCAUCUCAGCGGGUGUCGGUGCCAGAGAUGACAAUGACGAUGGGUUUUGGAGCUGCCCAUUGUUUUGGGUUCCUGCUGUUGUGGGUGGUGCAGUCGCAGGUGUGGCACUGGCACCAGUUGCACUGACGGCUGGACUGGCAGGAAUGGGGUUCACAGCGACAGGGAUUACAGCGGGUUCUGCGGCAGCGGGUGCCAUGUCAGCAGCGACAACGACGGGAGUUGGCGCGGGUCUCGUUGGUUUGGCACAGUCUGUAGGGGCCGCUGGCGUAGUAGCUGUGGGCACGAAGGUAGCAUUGGGCACGGCCGGGGCAGCCGUAGGCUACGCCGCUAGCUCUCCCUCGGGAGAAGAAGGGGGAAAAAAAUAAACGAAAAUAAACUGACGAUAUCAGCUGCUUGCUAGGCUCAAAUACACUUCCUGGUGGCCCAAGAUCAACCAAAUUCAACCAACUACUUGUCAAGGAUUUCAAAACCUAAACGCUUGUGAUCAUAUCAUGGUCUCAUGCAGUUAAACCCCUAACGCCAUGCAUGGCAAAAUAACCAACUGUCCUGAUACUUCAAAAGCUUGAUAUUUGUAAAUAUUGUGAUAAUUAUGGUAAAACGAUAGUACCGUAUCUGUCACAUGUGGAAUAGUAACCCUGUGUAAAACAUAUAUAUGAACAUGUUUGGCAUUCAUCAUGAAAUAAUUAUUCAGAAACUGAAGUAUCAAUCAUUUAUUUAUAAUCGAUGUUUUGCUGAACAAUCGCCAACCAUGUAUGCUUAUCCACAAUAAAGCAGUUGACAUCC